ACAUUUCUCUAGGACAAAAUUGUAACUUGCCAUUCAGCGCAUUAUUUGUUUUAGUUGGGGAGGAAGGAGCUUGGAUCUUCAGCCGCAGAAUCAGAAGUUAUCCUCUCUUUUGCAUGCUCCUCUAAGUCAAAGACUACUUCGGACUCUGGCGUUCGCUCCUCAUUUCGUGCGCUUAGUAACGCUUAAGCAGCAACAUUAUCAACUCUACUUUAAUGAACAUUCUUCUCUUUCUUAAGGAGGACGUGAUUAUUUGUCGAGUUCCUUUUUCCUUCCUUCCGAAUCAUGCCGCAACUGUGGAGCUGCAUUCCAACUCGAUCAAUUUUCGCGCCAAAUACCCACACAGUAGUUCAUUCUAGCGUCAUCUAACGGAACUUCUUAAACUAACCAACUCGUCCCGCGCACGAGUUGUCGAUCAGCACCGCCUACCUCUAAAGCGAGAAACUAAUCAACUCGUCGAAAACAUCACUUCAAGAUUCCGGUCGAUUGACCUUCUAUUACUAUUAUAUAGCGGUGUCGUUCUAUAUUCUCUGCUGUGGUGAAACAGUUUCAUUUCAUUGCAUUUGCUAUACACGUUCUUGCUUUGUUUUUAUUCAAGGAAAAAAUGGUGAUCGACACGGAGUUAGAAGAAGCAAAAGCGGCUGUUUUACAGCUAAUGACGGAAAAAGAUAAAAUUGAAGCUGACUUGCAAGCCGCGAAAAAUGUUUUGGAUACUAAUCGUGUUGGUAUGACAGACGAGUUAGUAGAUUCCCAAGGUUUUCCUAGAAAUGAUAUUGAUGUUUAUCAAGUUCGUCAUGCUCGUCAUAAAAUUAAUUGUUUGCAAAAUGACCAUAAAUCUCUGAUGCUGAAAAUUGAACAAGGUUUGCACAAGAUUCACAAGUUUGCUGGACAUGUCUCACAAGAAUCUCCCUCAACAUCUAAUCAUUUUCAAGAAGUUUUCUUGUUGGAACCAUUUUUAAGAGUAAAUAUUGUUUCACCAGGAUCCCCAGCAGAAAUAGCGGGUAUUCAAGUGGAUGAUCUGAUUCUAGAAUUUGGUUCAAUCUCAAACAGAAAUUUUACAUCAUUGAAAGAUAUUGGAACUCUUGUGGAAAAUAGCAGAUACAAGACUGUCUCUUUGAAAAUCAAACGUGGAUCUAAUACUUUUGUAUUAAACUUAAUUCCUAGACCUUGGAGUGGAAAAGGACUUCUCGGUUGCAACGUUGUGCCCUUGGAGGUUGUAGAGAGAUAAGAUUUAUAAACAGUUUAUUAAUCACUUAAGAUGUUCACAUUUAUCUGUAAGUCUUUAUCAAGAAUAAAUUAUAAUUUUUUAAAAACAUCUACAUUGCACA